AUGCGUGUUCUGAGCCUUCUCCUUGUACUGUUCGCCCUCGCGGAGGCAGUCUCUGUUAACCAACGACGGAGAAUCGUGCAAUCUUUCAACAUCCGCCGAAGUAGGAGCUCCGACUCUACACCGCUACAGGUAGGCAAUGGCAACUUUGCCUUUGGCGCAGAUGUCACGGGCUUGCAGACCUUCAAGCCCUUUGCCAUCAUGUCGACCUGGGGCUGGCAUAACUUCACCCUCCCCACGAAGCCCGGCCAAACCUCUGUUCAAGACUACUCGGAGGUGCUGUGGUGGACACACGGGAGGUUGGUCCCGUACGAGAUGCCGAACCCUGACCAGAAUGACAUCUCGAACUGGCUCAGGGAGAACCCGCAUAGGCUGAAUUUGGCCAACGUGGGUUUCACCUUCGGUCGCCCGGGUGUUACCGAAGACGACUUGCAGCACAAAUCCCAGGAGCUCGACAUGUGGUCAGGAAGGCUAUCAUCGUCCUUCAAAUACAACGGAUCCAAGGUCCAGGUAGAAACAUGGGCCGACCCAGAAUCUGAUACCAUCGCAAUCAAUGUCAGAUCAAAGUUGCUGAAGCGUGGCCUUGGUCUGUUUCUUGACUUCCCCUAUCCGGAUAAUGAGAAGUUCAACGCCCCCUUUGUUAACCACUUCAACUUGACGUCUCGACACACCACGGCUCUGGAAAGGCUAUCGCACAACUCUGCCCACAUCAAGCACACGCUAGGCGAAACCACAUAUUACACCCAUGUGGCAUGGAGCGGCAAGGGAACCAUCAUUGGUCCCACAGAGGGAACACAUCGCUAUUCUUUCACAGCAGACCAGAGCGACGUCCAGCUGAUCAUCAGCUUAUCCCCGGCGCCCAAGCGAUCGACUACUUCAUACCGGCAAAUCGUCUCGUCGUCCAAGGCUUGGUGGAAAUCCUACUGGUGCUCAGGGGCGUUUAUCGAUCUCACAGCGGUCCGAGACCCUAGAGCAAGAGAUCUCCAACAGCGCAUUAUCACUUCUCAGUACCUCACAGCCAUAAACUCGGCCUCAUCCUACCCUCCCCAGGAAUCGGGCUUGGUGAACAAUGGCUGGCACGGCAAAUUCCAUCUGGAGAUGACUCUGUGGCACACAUUGCCAUUUGCUCGCUGGGGCCACUUCCCCCUGAUGUGGCGAAGCCAGCCCGCCAUGUACCUGCAGUUCCUCCCCUCGGCCAUUGCGCGCGCCCAGAGGCAAGGGUACAAGGGCGCCCGCUGGGGCAAGAUGACGGACCCCUCGGGACGCAGCGCCCCGGGCGAGAUCAACGCGCUCCUGAUCUGGCAACAGCCGCACCCCAUGUACUUUGCCGAAAUCGAGUACCGCUCCUUCCCCAACGCGACGACCCUAUCCCGCUGGGACGACAUCUUGACGGCCACGGCCGACUUCAUGGCGUCGUACGCCUUCUUCAACGAGUCGACGCGCGUCUACGACCUCGGCCCGCCCAUGUACCCGGUCUCGGAGAACACCAACCCCAACGCCACCGUCAACCCGACCUUUGAGCUGGCGUACUGGCGCUUUGGCCUGGACGUUGCGGCGCGCUGGAAGACGCGCCAGGGCAAGCCCGUCCCGCAGGCCUGGAUUACUGUUCGUGACAACCUCGCCCCGCUGCCCACGGUGGACGGGACGUACGCUGUGUACGAGGGCAUCCGGGAUAUGUGGACUGACAACGCGACUACCAACGAUCAUCCCGCCAUGGCGGGCAUCUAUGGUUUGCUUCCGCCCCCCGCGAGCGGCAAGCCACUGGACCUGGCGGCGCUGAAGAAGACGGCCGGCAAGAUCAAGGAGCUGUGGGCGCUGGAUUAUUCGUAUGGCUGGGACUUUGCUAUGUUGGCCAUGAACUCUCUGCGGCUGGGGGAUCCGGACCAGGCGGUUGAUUACUUGUUGCAUCCGAUCUUCCAGUUUGAUGAUGCGGGGUAUCCGGUUGGCGGGUCGAGGGUGCCGACGCCGUAUUUUCCAAACUCGGCUUCGUUGCUGAUCGCGACGGCGAUGAUGGCCGGUGGGUGGGAUGGGAGCGAAGGGAAGAAAGGCCACUGGCCCAGGGGCUGGGAGGAGGAAGUAGAGGUCGAGGGGUUCGUCCCGGCCCUGUAA